GUAGAGGUAAAAAACUAAGGAGCAUCAGAUCCAUCAGCACGUACCCAUUUCAAACUGAAAAUAGUGGUUUCUCGCCUUCCUUAACGAAUUACGCAGAGAAAAUUUUGAAAAUUCUCCUUGUUUGUCGCACAGAGAGAGAUAGAAUAUGGUGAAGAUCACGGCGCUGAUGGUGCUGAAAUGCAUCCCGGAGGGUGCGGAUCCGGUUAUUUUGGUGAACGCCACGGAUCUAAGCAGCUUCGGAUUUUUCCAACGCCCCAGCGUUAAGGAGUUCAUUAUUUUUGUCGGUCGGACCGUAGCUAAACGCACGCCGCCCGGCCAACGCCAAUCGGUGCAGCAUGAAGAGUACAAGGUUCAUUCAUAUAAUCGAAAUGGCUUGUGUAUACUGGGGUUUAUGGAUGACCAUUAUCCUGUCCGAAGUGCAUUUUCACUGCUCAACCAGGUCUUCGAUGAAUAUCUAAAGAACUUUGGCGAUUCAUGGAAAACUGCUCAAGCUGAUAACAGCCAACAAUGGCCUUAUCUAAGUGAGGCACUUGUCAAAUUUCAGGAUCCUGCUGAGGCUGACAAGCUGUUACGAAUCCAGCGGGAGUUGGAUGAAACUAAAAUUAUUCUUCACAAAACUAUUGACAGUGUGCUAGAACGAGGUGAGAAGCUCGAUAGCUUGGUUGAGAAGAGUUCAGAUCUCAGUGCAGCUUCUCAGAUGUUUUACAAGCAGGCGAAGAAGACCAAUCAAUGCUGUACUGUAUUGUAAAUGCUCAUAAAUGGAGAUAAUCACUUAUAUAGCUAAAUUGUGUUGAUGAAUUGAUGAAUGUGAAGUUUGGCAAUGUUUAUAAUACUUGUGUAGUGUUGUGAGGCUGAAAUCUUUGGUUGUUCCUCCUAUUUCUCUGUUACCACAUUGGGAAAGGUUGCAUCAUGUUGGCAAAUUGGCAGUGGUUAUAUUACAUUGACACUGGUGUUAUUUUUUAAA